GGGUCUUUGGUUAUCAACAUCAGAGUGAACGGAAGAAGAAGAAAAAGGCGAAGGAGUGGCAGCUGGACUGUCUGCAAUGGAAGCCGAGUUUCGGGAAAUCGAUGAAAACGGGAGUUGGAGCGCCGUUUAUCAGGAUAUUCGUCAGCAGUCAUGUGAACUCCCUUGCAAGGUUGCUAAAUUACCCGAGAACAAGAACCGAAAUCGUUACAGAGAUGUCAGCCCAUUCGACCACAGCAGAAUAUGUCUGCAGCUGGGUACCAACAACUACAUCAACGCCAGCCUGACCGCAGUAGAGGAGGCGCAGAGGCACUAUAUUCUCACUCAGGGACCCCUUCCAAAUACAUGUGGCCACUUCUGGGAGAUGGUGUGGGAGCAGAGGACCCGUGGUGUAGUGAUGCUGAACAGAGUCAUAGAGAAAGGAUCUAUUAAAUGUGCCCAAUAUUGGCCACACAGAGAGGAGAGAGAUGCUAUCUUUGAAGAUACCAAUUUCAGGCUCACUCUUGUCUCAGAGGACAUCAAAUCUUACUACACAGUCCGUCAGCUGGAGUUGGAAAAUCUGUCUACUCGAGAGACGCGUGAGAUUUUACAUUUCCACUACACCACCUGGCCUGACUUUGGGGUGCCAGAGUCCCCCGCCUCCUUCCUUAACUUUCUGUUCAAGGUGCGAGAGUCGGGUUGUUUAAACUCGGAUCAGGGAGCAGUGGUGGUGCACUGCAGUGCCGGCAUCGGACGCUCUGGGACCUUCUGUCUGGUGGACACCUGCCUCUUAUUGAUGUCCAUGCGUAAGGACCCGUCUUCAGUGCGUAUUCGCGAUGUGCUGCUGGAGAUGAGACGCCAUCGAAUGGGUUUGAUCCAGACGGCAGAUCAACUUCGCUUCUCGUACCUCGCUGUCAUUGAAGGUGCCAAAUACAUCAAAGGAGAUACAUCUCUGCAGGAGUCAUGGAAAGAGCUGUCAAACGAGGAAGAUGAUCCUCCAGAGUUCACCCCUCCUCCUCCUCUUCCUCCUCCCAGAGACCCUUAUAAUGGCAAAGAUGAGCCGUCCUUUUUCCCUGAAAAUGACGAGCUCAUCCAACAGAUGGAAAUCCGUGUUCUGGGGUCCUCACAAGAGCCAGAAGAGCCAGAACUGAGAAAGAGGAACGUCGCUGCCCCUCAGCCUCCUCCUGACGCGGACCAGCUCGAUGGUCAUGUGGAAAUCCAUGAUCAAAUCUGGAGAGCUCCGACCAAAUCCCAGCAGCAGCUCGAGUCCGAGGAUCAGGAGUUGCCUGAGUCAGCCAAGCAGCCAGAGGAAAGCUCUCCUGUGCCGGAGACCUGGUCCCCGCUACUCACCAACGUGUGCCUGUGCACAGCACUGGCUCUCAGUGCUUACGUCUGCUAUCGAGCCUAUUUCCACUGAUGUCUCUCCCUCUGCCUCAUUUUGGUUCCUCACUGUCUCUCCACUGAUGUCGCAAAGUGGACUAGAUUGACCAAUCAGCCUGCUUUGACUGUACAGUGGGCGGGUUAUUUGGACUUUUCAGCUUCACUUGUUUAUUUUACAAAAUGCAGUGUGAGGGGUCGGCUAGUUGGAGACCGAAGGCUGCCAAUUACCAACUAAAACUUUUAUCAAUAAGUCAUCUUGGAUGCUCAGGGCCUUGGUUUUUUUCAGGUGUCACAUCCCAAAUACAUGUGCUGACUAAAAAAAAAUAGACUCAAGAGAUAGUAUGAAUUGCAGUCUGUCGAGGAAAAAUAGCUUUGUUUUAGCUCCUGUGCUCUGUGAAUCAGGAUGAGUGGCCUGUCAGCCCUUUUUACACGUGUCUCCUCACUCAUUUACCAAAUGCGUUCUUCCAUUUCAGCCUUUAAUGAGGCGACCGUUUGGAUUUCACUUUCUUUUGAUGACACAAAUCAGAAAUCAUGGAGCCAGAUUUUUAACCAGCCUGAAUGAAAAUAUGCCAGUAAGAGAGAUAUAGUUAGUUUUUCUUUAUAAUUCAUCGAUAUGAAACCUAGAAGAGCGAUGAAUUAAGGAGGAGCACAGAGGUAGCGACCCUGUGCCUGCUGGAUGCAUGCAAAGGUUGUCUGUCCUCACUGGUGGUCCCUGUUGGGCUGCAGGAGGCAGAGUACAGACCAUACAGAGUGUGUGUGUGUGUGUGUGUGUGUGUGUGUGUGUGUGUGUGUAUAUUUGCGUGAGUGGUAUGCAGUGGAGGUCUCUACUGAUGCUUGGGACUUAAAACAAUAACAGUAUGUGGAAGAUGAAGACUGGGAUACCUGAUUCCCUCUGUGUUUAAGCUCCCUGGUGGCUGGUGCAGAGAGAGGGUGGUGUGUUCGCCUGGCAUUUACGAUUGUCGUGGGAGGGAUCAGCAGAUUUUUGAAAACAUUGUAACACCUGGUUUCGUCCGGCACUGUUCUUUACUGUGACAGUGGACAAACCUGUGUGAAGGCCAAAACAAAAUGUGGAACAGAACUUCAAUACAUCUGAUUCAUGUUGUGAUGUAAUGUGUGUUCAGUUCAGGAGUGCAAGUUUAACGGGACAGAAAAGGUAGCACCAUUUCUCGAAAUAACACCCAAGGCUUUUUCGCCAGCAAUACAAACAAUGUGUCACCCUUUACUUAAUCAAACCGAGUUUGAACAGGGAUUUUAAAUGAACCAAAAAAUCAAACACCAGCACAGGGAUGAAAAUGAAACACUGUAGUGAUGAUCUGUUGAAUCAUGGCGCGGCCCUGAGCUCGCAAUAUUGUUUUCUAUGAUUUUUUUUUUUUUUUUUUUUUUCUUUUUUAGCAUGCUGCAUUCGUGAAUCAACAGGUUUGUCCUUAAAAGAGAUUAGCUGAGAUGCUAGCAUUCAGUUUACCUGUGUGGCUCCGUGGGGAGUCUUGACAGCUGUACCUUUCUUUAGAAUGUAUUCAUGUCCUCUACAGGGACACACUCUUAUUAGAUAUAAAUAUAUAUUUUUUUCAAAAUCA